UUCCAUAUUGGCCUGAGCUAGCUUGGGCCACAAGAUGCUUUCAGGGUCUCCUGUAUCUUUUCAAGCUUACCUGGAAUAAAUUUCCAUUUUUCCUGUAUUCUAAAGAAUUGUGAAUCCUCUUGGAUUUUCUUGAUUGAAUAUUCAGAGAAUCAAUUGCUAAAAUUUUAUUUACUUUUUUUUUAUAUAUAUUAUUGUAAUUUAUUUCGUAUCCAUACCUCCAUCCUAUGUGUUUUACCUUUUUGUUUUCCAUUUGAAAUAUCUCUGUUCCCUUUUUGCCUUUUUAGAUCUGUUGUUUUGUAGUUUUAUACUUAUAUCUUUCUUUCUCUCUUUCUUUUUCCAUUGAUAUCUUUCUUGGUUUGGGGUGGCAAAUAUUAGGGAACUAGUUCUGGCACUGUAGAGAUUCAGGUAUAGGUGUGUGUGGGUGCGCAUAUGGGGUGUAUUAAGUUAGACCAUGAGAGCAAGAGCACCAUGGGAAGGGAAGUUACUGGCUUACAGGUUAUGGACAAGAAGCCAAAUGGUUCCAUAGCAGCUUCAAAUGGUAGUUUAAGUGAUAGAAUGCGUGUUUCUCCCAAAAUUGCGGCAAUGGUUCAAGCAAUGGAUCAUGAUAUAAAGGAAUCUACGGAAGCUAAUCCUUCGGAGAAACAUCACGAGAGGAAAGAUGUUUCAAGUGGCAAAAGCACAAAAUUAAAUGUUGUCUUGCCAGAAGAGAAGAAGAGUGAGAAAUCUGAAAUACAGAAGAUGGAUGAUAAUAAAGAUUUGAGUUCUCCUGUUGUGGAUAAAGAGCUUCCAAGCCCGUCUGCUCCACAACCAUCUGAUCAUGUAACUGAAAAGCAUGUCACCCAUGCACCUGCUGCCCAUACUGAAGCUGCUGCAACUGGUCUGAACUUGUCUCCUAAAGCUAACAAUAUUCAUUCCCCUAAUUCCUCUAAGAAUUCACAGCCAAGCUCACCUUUUUCACCAAGGAAGUCCUUGCAUUAUGAUGAUAAGAAGCACGUGGACGAUGAAGACAAUUGGUCUGUUACUUCCUCCGUUGCAUCUGCACGCACUGCCAAAUGUAAGGUAACUGUUGGUUCAGCCCCUAACUUUAGAUGCUCGGACCGUGCAGAGAAACGGAGAGAGUUUUAUAUGAAGUUAGAGGAGAAGCAUCGAGCUCUUGAAGAAGAAAAAAACCAGUAUGAGGCAAGGAAAAAGGAAGAGGAUGAUGCUGCCAUCAAACAGUUGAGAAAGAACCUGGUCAUUAAGGCAAAACCAGUACCAAGCUUCUACUAUGAGGGGCCACCCCCCAGGACUGAACUCAAGAAGCUCCCACUGACCCGCCCCAAGUCACCAAAACUCUCCCGGAGAAAGAGCUGUGGUGAUGCUGCCAAUGUACCUACUACACACAUUUGUACUAUAGGACGGCGCAGUGUCGACAUGAACACGAAACAUCAUAACCCUGCCACUCACAAAACUAAGGACCCUGUCACUGGACGGAAGAGCAAUGGCAAUUUGAAAAGCAAAGAACGACCAAAACUGGAUAAGGAAACAGCUCCUAAAAUCAGAGAGCAGACAAAUGCGGACAUAUCAGUCCAAUCAUGAGCUUCCCAAGAUUUUACUGACCUCCAGCUGAGAGGAAAAUGGCCUUCAUUUUCCUUUGUCACACCAUAUGGAUAAUCUGCAGAAAAGAUGGCCUAAUUUUCUUUUCAUCCGGACUGACAUUUUCAUGUGGUUUGUUUUUACUUGAAGUGUAUAUGUUUUGUAAGUUAUAUCAGCACACAUUGUUUUAUAUAUAGAUAGUUAUUGAUGUAAGAUGUAUGUACGAAAUUUGAUAUUCCUCAGAUUCCACCACCAGACUUGGUAAGGGAAAUUUUAUGAAAUAUAUUACUCUUUUUUUU